GCCUGCAACUUUUGACUCAUUUGAGGAGCUGUCGUCGACUGUGCAUUGGAUUGGUACUAGCGGAAAUAUGUUGGUGUCAGUUGCUGUUGUCAUCACCUUAGUGUGUUCACUCCAUCCUAUUUCUGGACAGGACUGUCCUACUAGGCAGGAAAUACAGGGCUCUCUGAAGCAAGUCCAGAAGCUUCUUUCAGCCCAUGAAGCCUCCUACAUGCAGAGUCUACGCAACCUGAAGAAGAAAAUAAACUUACUGCAGAGCAACACAGGGAAGCAGACAACAAAAGCCAUCAACAGUACCUGCACAAAACUGGAUGCACCGCUUAAUGGAAGGAAACUUGGCAAGUCACACAGUGUGAGCCAUGAGGUUCACUUUCUGUGUGACCCUGGCUAUGAACUGGUGGGAUCAGAGAGCAGGGUUUGUCAGGAGAGCCUGACCUGGAGUGGUCAGCAGCCUACCUGUCGAGACAUCAAUGAGUGUGCAUCCUCUCCGUGCCUGAACGGCGGGACAUGUGUGGAUGAGGUGAACCAGUUCUCUUGUGUCUGCGCCAAAGGCUGGGCUGGAGCUACCUGUCAGAGCCCCGUGCCAACAUUCUUUGUUACCAUGACAAACACCUCUGCUGCCACCUCCGCAGCAACCGUUGCGGCUGCUGCUACCUUGCCAGCUGCCACCACUGGGCCCUUCGUUCGUCCAUCACGUUGCACUAUAGUGCAGGGGACAACCCACUGCACCUGUGAGCCAGGAUACACCAUCUCUGGCAGGGACAGCAACACCUGCACUGAUAUAGAUGAAUGUGAGCUGUUCCAUAAUGGCCAGGCUGGGAGACUGUGUUUACAUGCUUGUGUUAACACCCCCGGAGGCUACCGCUGCUCCUGUCCUGCUGGAUAUAAUGUGACCCGCGAUGGACGCAGCUGUAAAGACAUUGAUGAGUGUGCCACCAGACAAAAUAACUGCACAAAGGACCAGAUGUGCAUUAACACAUACGGCGGUUUCCAGUGUGUCCGCGUGGACUGCCCUAAAAUACCUAAUGCUACAUAUGUCAAGACAUCGUCUCUGCGUUGUGAGCGUAACCCCUGUCCCGUGGACAACAAGGCUUGUUCUCAGGCCCCAAAUUCCUUCUCCUACCAUUACCUGGCUGUCGUGUCCAACCUGUCAGCUCCUCGCGUCAUGUUCAGGGUCUCAGCACUGCGUCCAGUGGGUGACACGCUUCGCUUCUCCCUGCUGGGGGGAAAGCAGGCCCGGCGCCACUUUACAGUCCAGCGUUCAGACCGUCUGACCGGUCAGCUGAUGCUGGUGAGUCCCGUGCAGGGCCCUGCCACUCUGGAGGCAGAUGUGGAGAUGAGUGAGCUGGAGAGACGUGUCCAACUGGGGAGGUACAUCACCAAAAUCACCAUGUUUGUUUCCCAGUAUGAGUUCUAGAAAGAGAAGGGUUGAUGUGGAAACACUCUUAGAGCACAAAUGCCAAACAUUUGGUUUGGAUUUAGCUAAGAACUAAGGAUAUUUGGUCAUGGAUGUGUGAUAAUCUGAUAUGCAUGAUACAACUGCAUGCUAUAAAUGUUUUAGAGUGUGGGUUUUUCAGGGGCAUUGGUAACAAGCUAAAGAAAUCCAAACUUGGUGAUGGAUCUUUGGGUGACUUGUGUAUGUAUAAGAACAUGAGUUUUGCAGUAAAUAAAACAUAUUUAUUUCACAAAUACAGAAAUGAGUGUAGGCGAUAUAGAAGGGGAAUAACAUGAUGUAGCAAACAAUAAACAAGGAUUUAACUGAAGGACACCUAUAACAAGCUGAACCAAAAAAUAUGUAGACAGUCCAUCCUGAAAGAAAGUGCUAUUUAUUUUGUAAAUGGCAGUCCAGAUAUGUUGACAUGUAUGUUAUGUUUACUGAACAUGGAAUCAUGAUGUAUGAAGAUUUUGUAAUCCUUUCUGCAAUGUUUGUGUAUAUUCUGGUCUCAGUACAAUCUCCAACACAAUCA